GACAUGUCCUCCCCGACGAUCGCCUCUCUGUCCUGGGGUCACAUGAAGGUGAAGGGCUGCUCGUCCAGCUACAAAGACUGUAAAGUCUGGCCUGGAGGCAGCCGGACUUGGGACUGGAGAGAGACCGGGACUGAUCAUUAUCCUGGAGUCCAGCCGGCCGACCUGGAGGAGGUGCUGAGGAAGGGAGUGGACCUGCUGGUCAUCGGCCGCGGCAUGAGCGAGGCUCUUCAGGUUCCUCCCUCCACUCUGGACUUCGUCAAACAGAAAGGGGUCCAGGUCCAAGUGCUGCAGACAGAAAAGGCCGUGGCUGAGUACAACAAACUGGCCGAACAAGGAGCCAAAGUGGGCGGAGUCUUCCACUCUACCUGCUGAGAGUCCUCCAUCCAUCCUGUUGUUUAGAAACAAUCCACAGGCGAGCCAAAACAUUACGACCACAGACAGGUGGACAAUUCAUUCAUGCUUUAAACAUUAUCAUGACUUCUUUUUCUUUCUGACGCAACUGACUUGUUCCAGCAAGCAAACUAAGCAAGAACCAGAACCAUGGCUCAUUCCCUACCCUUUUCACUUUACGCAUACCUCUUCAAACAUCUGCCUUGUUUCUGCAAACUGCAACCGUGGAAACCAUCCUCGUAUGAGACGCCUUAAAUAACCUUUGAACUCACCAUUCAACUGACCUGUCAGGACACGCACUAAAGUAACCUGAUGUGACUCAAAAGACACAAUGGCCCGGUGGUAUGGUAUGGUAUGUUUUGGCUCCGCUUCACAGUGGAUGGAACACUGACUCGCUGAUCUUGUAGAAUCAAAGGAGUCGGAAUAAACAGAUGAAUCAGUUGUUUAUUUGCUGCAGUCGAAAAUAAG